CACUGCGCAGGCGCAGGAAGGAAACGGAUAAACAAACAAAUAAAACCCACCACCCGUAGGCCGGCCCCGUUCCCCGCCCCCCUGCCAUCCCCCACCCCCAGGUCCUCUCGGGGGCUCCCGGGCCGCGCCGGCGUCUGGGCACGUUCCCCCCUAGUGGCGCGUUCCACGCACGUCCCCGCACUUAACCUCUGCGCGCCCGGCGCGGUGCUGGCGGCGGGGAGUGCGAGCUUGCAGCCGCAGCCCCGCGGACCAUGACUUGCUACCGGGGCUUCCUGCUGGGCAGCUGCCGACGCGUGGCGGGCGGCCGGGCGGCUCUGCGGGGCUCGGGCGCGGACGGACGGCGGCACCUGGGGCACGGGCAGCCGCGCGAGCUGGCGGGCCGUGGCAGCCGCGCCGACGGCGGCUUCCGCCCCUCGCGGGUGGUGGUGGUGGCGAAAACCACCCGCUACGAGUUCGAGCAGCAGCGGUACCGCUACGCCGAGCUCUCGGAGGAGGACCUGAAGCAGCUGCUUGCAUUGAAAGGCUCCAGCUACAGUGGACUACUUGAACGACAUCAUAUUCACACCAAAAAUGUAGAACAUAUAGUUGAUAGUUUACGGGAUGAAGGGAUUGAGGUUCGUCUGGUCAAGCGGAGGGAGUACAACGAAGAAACCGUUGGAUGGGCAGACGCUGUCAUAGCGGCAGGAGGUGAUGGUACAAUGCUUCUGGCAGCGAGUAAAGUUUUGGACAGACUUAAACCUGUCAUUGGGGUCAACACUGAUCCGGAACGGUCUGAAGGUCAUUUAUGUCUGCCUGUUCGAUACACACAUUCCUUCCCUGAAGCCUUACAGAAGUUCUCUCGUGGUGAGUUCAGGUGGCUGUGGAGGCAGCGUAUCAGGUUAUAUCUGGAAGGGACUGGCAUAAACCCCAUUCCUGUGGACCUUCAUGAACAGCAGCUGAGUUUGAAUCAGCACAGCAGAGCCUUUAACGUCAAAAGAGCCGAUGACGGAAGCUCCGAGGCUUCGGGACCUCAGCUUUUACCAGUGAGGGCACUCAAUGAAGUCUUCAUUGGGGAGAGUCUGUCAUCCAGGGCUUCCUACUAUGAAAUUUCAGUUGAUGAUGGCCCCUGGGAAAAGCAGAAGAGUUCAGGGCUCAAUCUGUGUACUGGAACAGGAUCAAAGGCCUGGUCAUUCAAUAUCAACAGGGUUGCAGCUCAGGCUGUUGAAGAUGUUUUAAAUAUUGCAAGACGACAAGGAAAUCUGACUCUUCCAUUGAACAAAGACUUGGUAGAAAAAGUAACGAAUGAAUAUAAUGAAUCAUUGCUCUACAGUCCCGAAGAACCAAAAAUACUGUUCAGUAUUCGAGAGCCAAUAUCAAACAGAGUUUUCUCCAGCAGCCGUCAACGGUGUUUCUCCUCAAAAGUCUGUGUCCGUUCUCGAUGUUGGGAUGCCUGCAUGGUUGUGGAUGGAGGAACUUCUUUUGAGUUUAACGAUGGAGCCAUUGCUUCGAUGAUGAUCAGUAAAGAAGAUGAACUUCGAACUGUGAUUCUAGAACAGUGAAGGAUUUCCUCAGAAGACAGAUUUGAUUACUAGAAACAUGUUUUUUUUCUACAGAUACAGAUGACCAGCCAUAAACCUCCCUUAUUUUGGUUCGUACCAAGACUGGAGUCAAAGGUGGAGACUAAAGUGGGAUCUAUGUGCUGUUCUGUUCCAUUCUUAUAGUCAAAAGCUGUUCACCAUGUGAGAAAUGAUGGACUAAAUGGAUUAGAAUUAUAUUGGUGAAGCUUCUAUAUUACUUACUGUUGGUAACCAAGAAUAUUGAUAUUCUUUAGAGAGGCAGGUUAAAUAAAAGGUUAAGUAUUUAGGGUUUCAAAUUUAACUGUACCAGCAUUUUGGUUUUGUUUUUUUUCUUUCUAACUUUGUGGAAUUGGCUGUGUGUCAUUUGAUUAGUGCAUUAUUUUUAUAGUACCUAAAAGUAAAGAUUUUUAAAAAUUUGAUGAUGGGGAAUUUUGAUAAAUCAUGAUGUUGACCUAACUGCAGUUGGUAAAUGUGUUUUUGUAAAUGUUUAGAAUUUUCUAAUUCUAGGAAAUAAUGAUGAAAUCAUUAUUGAUUGAAAAAAUUGAAUCAUUUUAAAAAUUGUUUGUAGGUGAAUUCUGACUUCUUUGGGUUAAUGUCACCAAUGCUAGAUGAAAUACAUCUUUUGGGACAAAUCAUAAUGCUUUGUAAAUGUAUUAAUUUUUCCAUAGCAGUUGUUGGUCAGACUUUUUUUUUAAAAUAAGGAGUCUAGUAGUCCCUUUCCUGUUUUUGAAUCUCUAGUAUGAACUAAAGAAUUAGAAGGAAUUUGGUGAACUGUUCAAACUUCCCUUUAGUUUAGGAGAAUUGGACUCUUUAGUAAACACAUGGGAUGACAUAGUUCUGGAAUUGCCUGACUUUAGUGUUGUGGUUUUCAUUCAUGGAUUCUGAAUUGUAAACAGUAACUUUGGAGGAUAGAACCUCAGAGCUCUCCACUCCCCGCAGGAAAACCAUUGAGGUUUGGAAUGAAACUGUUGUCAUUUAAUUCUUGGUCUCCUUAAAAGAAACUGGUUUCCACAAGAAGCUGCCAUAGCUAAAUGAAAUGGUGUUCUCACGCCACUUAUUCAGAGUUCAGACUUUUCACUUGUUGGUGAAAUUGGCUUUUCAUUGACAGUAUUUAUUGAAGACUCAUUCUGUGCCAUCUAUCACCAUAUGUCAUAUAGUGAAGUGUUGGGGAGAGACUGAAAUAGACUGUGGAUGGAACUGGGGCCUAGUGAGCUCAAGCUGAAAGCUAGGAUACAUGAUCAGAUCAAAUGCUCUUAGCUUGGCAUACUCAACACGUUGCUCUUAAUUAAAAACAUGAAUGUCAGUGUGCAAGGUGAUCUAGGUCUGUCUAGGUUUUGUUGUUUAUCCAGAAUGUGUUCCUUAAAAGUAUCUGCAGGAGGAAAUAUGCUAGUGUUUUUGCUGUGAGCCAGGUCUAAUUUCUAGUAUAAUUUUUUUUAAAAAGCCAUAUAUUUAAGAUACCACUUUAUAUGGAAGUUAAAUUCCAUACUAUAGAAAUUCCCCUAAAAGGUUUUGAAGUACCUUGUUAGGAAAAACAUGCCAUUCCUAUCCUUACUAUAUCCAGGAAAUGUGGUUGUUCAUGAUUCACCACAGAUCUAUUUAUAUGUCCCACUAACUGGUAACUAGCUAUGUGGAACUGUUCAUCAGCUGCACUUGGAAAGAUACUAAAAUUACUGACUGCUCCAUUUGUAAUCUAAUUUCUGCUCUGUGGCAGGAGGGGUUUAUUUGUAAUAGAUGAAUGGCAAAGGAUGUUGGGAGUAUCAAAUGUCUUUUUGAAUGGGUUAAUCUUUAAUGACCACUGUAUGCAAAUAAAAUUAAACCAUUGUCUGUUUUU